CUGUCGUGCUCCAAGUAUCGGGGUGCCCCUCGACGGAUGCCCGCUAGCCCUUCUGCAGGCUCUGUCCCAUUUCAUUGGUUGCAUCGAGAGCCUACGGAGUGUCCCUGAUAUGUCGUAUCAGCCUUACAAUAUCUCCUUUGACGACAAGUCGCCUCUCUUUUACUACUUGCCGUAUCGGGGUGGAUACAGCAGCGGCCCAGAGCCUAUGCACUAUGGUACAGAUCAUGAUUCUUGGUACGCGUACAACACUACUACGAUAGAAUCCUCGUUCACUACUUACGCCGUUAACGCCUCGGUCGCCCUCCAAUGGGCGGGUACAGCGGUCUGGCUGCACGGGGAAGCGAACGCGACAUAUACGAUCACGAGGAGUUGGAAUGCAAGCAAGAUCGCGGGUGAAGGCACCGCAGUGGUUGGAGGCGUGCUGUACAGCGAGAGCGGCUUGCCGUAUGGACUGAACACGCUCACACUCACCGUCCAAGAAGGCCCUGUCACCAUCACUGGUGCCACUAUCACAGUCGGCAUGGGUGAGCCUGGCUCGUCGAUCAAAGCAACAAAUAUUUCCACUAUCAUCGAAGACAUUCCCGCCAUUAACCCUGUCUUCACCGUUAACUCGAACGGCACAUGGGAAGGCGACUUGGCAUUCGCGCCAAAUAAUGGGCUGGAGCCAAUCAUCCUAACAACCAAACAGGGCGACUAUGUCACAUUCGUAGUCAAUUCCAGCGUAGGGUUCGCUGUGUAUGGAGCAACUGACCCCAUGCAGGGCACGUUCCUGGUGGACAUAGAUCCUCCUGUGCCGAAUAGCCCGAACACUAGGACACACCUGUUCAACGCCACGACGCCGUGGGUGGAGAUCGAGGAAAUCAAGUACCUGGCUACUGGGUUGAACAGAACCAGAACUACACGGUGAAGCUGACCAAUGCACAGUUGGGGAAGGAGUUCAACGUGGGUGAAGUAAUACUGUUUGAUGCCAUACCUCCGUACGUGGUUCUCGGUCCUUCAACUUGGAUCGCUUGCUGAUGCGCCAACGCGGCACAGCACAUCAUCCUUGUCCUCUACCACUGUCUCAAGCCAAACCGUCUCGCAGGCAAUCCUACCAAUUCGGGAUCCGUCUCAGUGGCCGCGU